CAAAAAUAACAGUCAAAGUCUCGUCGAGUAUUUCUUCCUCAUAACUGUGUUUUGUGAAGUAGGCAUUAGAUUAAAAUAAACAAUUAAAAGGUAGAAGUCUAGGUUAUAACUUCAGGGACUCUUAAAUAAAGUUGUAAUGGGUUCCUCUGCUGGUCUCAGACUGUAUAUGAGUGAUAAUAACGGACCUUUAAUCCUGGAUGGGGGUCUGGCGACUGAACUGGAGGCGCAGGGAAUCAAAUUACAGGGAGACCCUCUGUGGAACGCCAGGCUUCUGCACACAAACCCCCAGGCCAUAAAAGAUGCUCAUUACAGGUUUCUGCUCAGUGGGGCUGAUGUUAUCACCACAGCCACGUACCAGGCGAGUGUUUCAGGAUUCAUGAAUCACCUGGACGUGAGUUGUGAUCGAGCCAAAGAGCUGAUGAUGUCCGGAGUUCACCUCGCUAAAGAGACUGUGGAGAAAUUUGUUUCUGACACUCAUCCAACAGGGCGGAGGCGUCCGCUGGUGGCCGGUUCUGUCGGACCGUACGGAGCGUUUUUGCUCGACGGCUCCGAAUACACCGGGGCGUACGCAGAGAAAAUGAGUGAAGAGGAUUUUAAAGUGUGGCACCGGCCUCAGAUCGAGUGUCUCGCAGCAGCGGGAGCCGACUUCGUGGCUUUUGAGACGAUCCCGAGUCUGAAGGAGGCGAAGGCUCUGGUGGAUCUGCUCCGAGAGUUCCCCGACGUUAAAGCCUGGCUCUCCUUCUCCUGUAAGGAUGGGCGGAGUCUCUCUGACGGCAGCUUGUUCUCGGAGGCGGUGCAGGCUGUGAUUGGUUCAGAUCAGCUGGUGGCGGUGGGGGUGAACUGCUGCCCCCCCGCCCUGCUGCAGCCGCUCCUGGACUCUGCUGCGUCUCUGGGGACGGACCCCUGCUGGGUGGUUUACCCCAACAGUGGAGAGGACUGGGACUCUGAGCACGGGUGGCGAACAUCAAAGACAGCCUCAUCAUCGAUCCCCAAACUGAGUCACACGUGGAGGAAGCAAGGAGCCGCUUUGAUCGGCGGUUGCUGCCGUAUCGGCCCUGAUGAGAUCGCAGAGUUACGACGGGAGUUGAAGGGAAGCAGCACGACUGCAGAGUGACUGUAACGACAGAAAGAUGUCCGAAACUUUGAUAAAUAAAUAAGUGUAUAAAUCACAGACAUCAAUCACACACCAGCUUUUCUGAUUUCCCUUGUUCAGGCUUUACAGGGAAAAUAUGAACAAUGUUAUAUUCCCAAUUUCAAAAAUAAAAUGGGGGGCUUGGCGAUAGAGAGGCGAAGUCCCUCCCCUUCCGGUUGA